GCUCCUCUCCAAAGUUUUUGAAAAUGGAGUCUCUCACAACUACUUAUCCUUUAAAAUAUUCCGUGCCGAAAGCCAGGGUCUUUGUUGUUUUUCUGUCGAUGGUUUUGUGUACUGCAGUUCUCUGCCUAUUGCAACUCAAGUUUUUUAAACCUAAAAUCAAAGAUUUUUAUUCUUUCGAAGUCAAGGAUUCACGAGGAAGGAUUGUUUCCUUGGAAAAGUACAGAGGGAAAGCGACUUUGGUUGUAAACGUGGCCAGUUACUGUCAACAUACAGACAAAAAUUACAUCGCACUGCAAGAACUGCACAGAGAGUUUGGUCCCUCCCACUUCACUGUGCUGGCUUUUCCCUGCAACCAGUUUGGAGAAUCAGAGCCUAGUUCAAGCCAGGAAAUAGAAUCUUUUGCCAAAGGAAACUAUGGAGUAACCUUCCCUGUUUUCCACAAAAUCAAGAUUCUAGGAUCAGAAGCAGAGCCGGCCUUUAAGUUUCUAAUAGAUUCUUCAAAGAAAGAGCCUAGAUGGAAUUUCUGGAAAUAUCUUGUCAGCCCUGAAGGUAAAGUUGUGAAAUUCUGGAGACCUGAAGAACCCAUAGGAACUAUCAAGCCAGAAGUAGCAUCCUUGAUCAGACAGAUCAUCAUGAAAAAAAGGGAAGAUCUCUGAAAAAGCCAUUCUGGCUGUGAAUCCAUUCAACAGCAUGUGUGCACAACCUUAGUACAUUCCUGUGAAACGCUGCUAGAAGCUAAGCCACCAGGUGAUUUUAUUUCUCUUCGGUGUUAGUAUUUUCAGCCCCACUAUGUCAAUUAAUGUUGGAUUUGCUGCUGCAACAGCCUUGAGCACCACCAAGGCCACCAAGAAUGGCAAGGCACUCAGCACCUUGCAGGACUGGACCUGCAAUUGACAAAGUCUGAAUGCUUCUUUACAUUGCUGACCCCAGCAAGUCACAGUUGUCACUAGCAAGAUAUAUAGCUAGAUAUAGCUAUAUAUAGCUAGAUAUAGCUAAAAACAAGAGGACUUGUGCAAAUACUGAAUAACUUAAAGAUUUUUGUUUCCCAUCUACAAUUAACAAGUAGGUUUUGAUAUGCCAUUAACACUUAACUGCCCUGACCGAAUGAUAUGGAGUCCAGAGGUACCAUAUCAGAGUCUUCUGAAACAAAUGUCACUGAAGAUAAUAGCUUUGCAAUAUUAACAGAGGACAAUUAUUGAAUUGCAAAGCUGUAUACUUGGUCCUAAAAUAAACUGUACAUAGAAAAUGAGAUUAUUAUUAAAAGAGAAAAA